GACCGCAGUCGUAGCCGCUCGCGCAGCCCCGGGCGACCGAAGCGACCUGAAGACUACGGAGUGGAUACGCUAAAGAUCACUGAUGACGACGCCGCCUUCAUCCUGGGCAAGGGUGGCAAGACGAAGGAGAAGAUCGCAAAAGUGGCCGAGGCAGAAAUCGAGCUCUUCGAGCGCGACCUAAUUUUGGAGAUCCGCGGAAGCAAGCUCCAGCGGAAGAGGGCCAAGAAGUACUGCGAGGGUGUCAUGGCCCAGC